AUGGAUGAAGCAGGCAUCAUGGAAGGACUUGGGGAGAAUGGCCUGGUCGUUGGCAGUGCUGAAAACGAUCUGUACAAAAGAAGACGCCUGGUUCUCGGGUCUGGACGUCGUUCAUCGAAAGAUCUCAGUACUUUUAGUGACUGGCAAUUCACUGCGACAAAGAACGGCUGGACUUCGGACCAAACUGCGGUGGAGUGGCUCGAAAAGGUGUUCAUUCCAAGAACCCAGCCACCCGACCCUUCGGAGCGAAGACUGCUAGUAUUGGACGGCCACGGAAGUCACGAGACGGUUGACUUCAUGUCGGAUUUCAGCCUCCUGACCGAUUCAAGCCCAGUCGGCAAGCAAAACUUUCUUUCCUGCUACCAGAAAGCACGCGAGCAAGCGCUCACUGUGUCAAACAUCAAGGGUGGCUGGAAAGCGACGGAUUGCGUGGUCGACCCCGAGGCGCUCGCAAGAUCUGAAGGUUCAGGUAGUUCAAUUCAACCAGCUAGACGACGACGUGCCCACGAAGAGAUUGCUGUUCAGGAAGAUCACAAAGGGUUUGACGAGAAGGAUGGCCUUUUAGCAAAAGCUCAAUUGCAGAUUCAGGCACUGGAAACACAAUUGGCGGCCGUCAAGCCGAAAAAGGAAGAGGGUGGUCACGAGCCCGAAUUCGAGGUUCGCCAAUAUUGA